UAAGCUACCCGGACUCUUUACCCGAUGGUCCUGUCUUACCAUCCCAUUUACACCUCCGUGUAGCUAACUGGAACUUGCCCUGUGGAUAGCGAGGAUGUGUGUUAGGUUGGUAUAUUAUUGACAGAGAUAUUGGAGAAACGAUGAUUGUGAUUGGCCCUCAGAUUUUUAUUUUAUCUUGCUAAACAUUAGAGUACCGAAGGCUUAGUGUAUUUACAUUUUGAUUAAAAUUCGCCCGGUAAUUUGGGAAUAUAAACAAACACUUGUCAAGGAGAAGAGGUUACGGUAGUUUUAAAUUUGUAGAAGGAAUCUUGGUAGAAAUGGCCAAGGUUAACGUUCCUGGUAGAAGCAGAGGAAAUAAUUUUACAAAUGAAGAAAAACAAUAUUUAAUAGACUUGGCGGUUUCUUACAAGCAUAUUUUAGAAAAUAAAAAAACGGACAGUGUUACCUGGAAAGAUAAGGUCAAAGCUUGGGACAAAAUCGCCGGAAAAUUCAAUGCAGUUGUAGGUGGUGAUGGUCCUGCAAGGUCAGCGAAAUCGCUUCGCAGCAAAUAUGAAUGUACCAAAAAAGAAAUUCGCAAGAAACAUGCGUUUCACAAACGCGAAAUGAUGACAACUGGAGGUGGGCCAUACACGCCUAUCACAAAAGACGACCCUUCUGAAGAAAAGUUGAAAGCUGUUAUUGCUAUGAGUGUGGUGGGACUUGAUAGUAAUUUCGACAACGACUGUGAUCCUGGUCCAUCAAGUGUGAUCUGUGUAUCACCACCAAGUAUGAAGUCAUCAGCUGUUGAAAAUGAGAACAAUAGUUGCUAUGUUGUGGAAAUAAUGCCAGGUGAUGGUGGUGAUGAUGAUGAUGAUGAUGAAACUGAUGGUGCUGCACAGACCGAGUUGGGCGAGCUGCCAAAAAAUAAAGUACAGGAACACAAGUGGAUAACAGCUAUAAACAGACAGAAGCAGUCAUCACCGCCAACCAUUACUGCUCACACUCAAAAUAUGCAAACUGUUACUGUACAGGAACAGGAGAUAUUGGCUUCUCCCACAUCAUCAAAAGGCAAAUAUCUUGGAGAUGCACAACUAGCAUACAGGAGAAGACGAAAUACAAAGAAAGUGCAGUCUUCUGGAAGCAUGACAAUGAAAAAAUUUGAAGAUUUGGCAGAGCAUAAAACCAGCUUAGUAGAAUUGCAGAAGGAAGUACUACAGCAGACUCUAAUCCAUCAAAAAGAGAAGCACGAAAUGGAAAUAGCAUUGCUAAAAAUUAAGCUGGCUGUUGAAGAAAGGAAACUAGCAUCACUACAUUAA